AUGAAAUCAUGGAGCCCCCGCACCAACCCGCUCCCGCAGCGGCUGCCCCGCACCGCCCGCAGCCCCGGACCCGCAGCCGCGCCCCCGGAGCCCCCUCGGGCCGUCGGUGCCGCCGCCUCAGCCGCGGCCGCGCCCCCGCCCAACAACUCCCCCCGAACGGACACGGUGGAAAAAACAACACGUGAAGAGAGGGUCGAGACGCGUUUUUUCAGCCGAACGCGCGGCGCUGCCCUCGCGCCGCCCGGGGCGCGGGGCGGCCCCGCCGGGGCGGCUGAGGCGGCCCCGGGGUCUGGGCCGGGCUGGGCCGGGCUGGCGGGUCCCCGGGCCGGGGUGUCGCCCGCGCCCUCCUCCGUGCCCCGCCAGGGGACAGAGACCCUACAAACAAGCAACAAGCACCCGAAACUGCCCCCGAGCCACCAGCCCGCUCUGCCGCGGCGGCUCCUCCGGGGGGCGUCAGCGUGCAGAGGUCAUGUCUCCCUCAGCGGGUUUCCCCCAUGGCGUGUCCCCGAUGUGGGGCUCAUCUCAAUGGCAUCUCUUCCCAGAAAUUCCCAACAGGACAGUUUUCCCCAACUGCUGACACCGUGCUGUUUGUUUUGGAGAGUGAUCCACUUCUCCAGGAUUUCUUUCAUGGCUGAUUUGAAGCAUGAAAUGCCCUGCCUUAGUCACCCAAAAGAUUCAGUUUGGGGGAGCAGAGAGGAGGGGGAGCAAGGACCUCACACAAGAACUGACCUAAACUCUGAGGAGAUCGACAAGUCACUCUGCCUGGGUGAGCCCGGGGCGAGCAGUCCCAGCUGAGGUGCAGAUGUGCAGUGCCAGCUCUGCGGGGGCUCCUGAGCACACACAGCCUCCCGUGGAAGG